AUCGCCUCCACAGCCUCGCAGCGAGACACAGGCGCACAGUUCGCUACAGACCCGCGAGGCUGCACGAGUGCUUCGGCCCUGCGCGCAGGGCGACCCUCUGCUGGUUUUACGGUGGGCGAGGCUGCCCACACUAUGGUUGUGGUGUGAGUCCCCUCGCCACCCGAAACCGCAAGCCCGACGCAAGCGCUGCCCCGAGGCUGCCCGCGGGCCGCACGCCAGCCGCCGCGCCGCGGGGGGACCGCGCGCCGCACGGACGAAGCACACAGACACCGUAAUAUACAAUAUGCCGAUCUCGGACGAGGAGCUGAGGAGGAGAACCCUCGUCGCGUCGGGCCGCUACGACGAACUUUCAAGACUGCUGCAGUCCGUGAAGCUCCGGAAGCUGCUCGUAUCAUUAUCGAAGGCGGGCGUCGAGGACGCGACGCUCGAUAGUGUAGGUCUGGAGACGCUGAACGAGUUUGACAUUAGCGCGAAGAACCCUGGGGAAAGGAUCCUCCUGCUGGAGGCGCUGCGGGCGCGGCUGGCCCGCCGCGGCGGCGACGGGCGCAAGCGCGGCACGGUCAUCACCGCGUGCAAGGGCUAUUGCUUCGUGAGGGCGGACGGUCAACCGAAAAAGAAGGGCAAGGACGGCUACUACUGCAGCUUCAAGGACGUUGAAGGGAGGAAGAGUUUGGUGAAGGGAGAUAGAGUGGCGUUCGAGGUCGUUUCCUGUAAUCCUGGGAGCAAGCACACUCACAAGCUCCAGAACGUCGUCGUCAUCUCCGAUGAUGAUGGCACACUCCUCGGGCGCCUAGGUCUGGGACACCUCGCGCCCGUCCUCGCGCGAGAACAGAUCGAUGAGGAGACUCUACCGCUGCUCAGUGUCGAGGACCUCGUCGAGGCCGGGAUUUCAAAGAACGAGGCUAAGCUCAUCGUGGCCACCGCGGCCGCGCCGCCGAGCCCUCCCAAGAAGCCCAACGGGGAGCACGAGCGCACCCUCGCGGAGGCCAAGGGAGCCGUGCUGCGGCUGAUGGAAGAGAAUAAGCGCCUCCGGGAGGAGUCGUCGGCCGGGUUGGUGAAGGAGAACCGGCGCCUCCGCGACGAGUUGGCCGCCGCGAAGGCGAGUCGCUCGGAAGAAAUUGCCGCCGCCGCUGCGAAGGCCUACACCUCCGAAAAGGCGGCGAAUCGCUGCGCUUUGGAAGGAUUGGAGCUCAUGAAAAGGGAACGGGAAAACGCCGUGCGAGCGCUCGCCGAGGAGACCGCGGCGCACGCCGCUACGAGGGCAGAACUCCAGGACCGCGACGAGAAGGCUCGGACCCGCGCCAUGUUCUUCGCGACGGAGCUUGAGGACGCCGUGCGGGGACUCGCGGAGGAGCGACAGGCGCACCAAGCGACGCGGCAGCAGCUGACUCCUUUCUUAAGCGGCGCCUACCAGGGCGGCGUCGAAGCGCAACUGACGGAGUGGCGCGGCACCGCGCAGGACGCGCUGAAGGAGCUCGCGAUGGAGCGGGACGUCCACGUGCGGACAAAGAGAGCGCUCGACGCGGAACAAGCUGCGCACGCCGCGACGCGGGACCGGACGGUCAUGCGAGUCGUAGAGUCGAAGCGCGCGCUCGAGGCGGAGCAAGUGGCGCACGCCGCGACGCGGGCCGAGCUCUCCGCGACGAAGGGGGCCCUCGCGCGCAUGGCGGCGAGAGCUGGCGCUUUCGGGGCCCCGGAGAAGUCGAAGACCGCACCGACGGCCGAGCCGACGGCCGAGCCGCCGACAGCCGAGCCUACCUCGGAGCCUGAGCUCACGACGGAGCCGAUCUAGAAUUAACAAGAUGU